GGUCAAGAGGAAGGCCGUCGUCUUCUGGUGGCACUGACCAUUGAAUCCCUUCACCCAACACUUUCACUCGAAAUUGAAGUAAGCUACCGUCGUCUUCUGGUGGAACCGACCUUCGAAUCUCUUCACCCAACACUUUCACUCGAAGUGGAAGUAAGCUCAAGUCGUCUUCUGGUGGAACCGACCGUCGAAUCGCUUCACUCAACACUUUCACUCGAAAUGGAACGUCACCGUGAAUGUUCCAGUAAAGCCAAUCGACAGCUGGUCAAGAGGAAUUCGCCGUCGUCUUCUGGUGGAACCGACAAAUCUUCCAGUAAAGCCAAUCGACAGCUGGUCAAGAGGAAUUCGCCGUCGUCUUCUGGUGGAACCGACCUCCGAAUCUCUUCACCCAACACUUCCACUCGAAAUGGAAUAAAGCCAAUCGACAGCUGGUCAAGAGGAAUUCGCCGUCGUCUUCUGGUGGAACCGACCUUCGAAUCCUCGCGUCAGCAUGAAUCUUCCAGUAAAACCAAUCGACAGCUGGUCAAGAGGAAUCCGCCGUCGUCUUCUGGUGGAACCGACCUUCGAAUCUCCUCAACCAACACUUUCACUCGAAAUGGAAGUUAA